AUGGCAACAUCAAGCCUUAGCAAUCCGACUAAACCUUGCUGCUUCCUCUUCUUCUUCCUCCUCUCUUCUCUGCUUCAUUGCUCGCGGGCCGGGCGCAUCGCUGUCUACUGGGGCCAGAACGGCAACGAGGGCACCCUCGCCGAGACCUGCGCGACCGGAAACUACGCCUUCGUCAACCUAGCCUUCCUCUGCAGCUUCGGCUCCAGCCGCACCCCGCAGCUCAACCUCGCGGGGCACUGCGACCCCUACUCCAAUGCCUGCACCAACCUCACCCGCGACAUUAGAUCGUGCCAGGCCAACGGCGUCAAAGUCAUUCUCUCUAUUGGCGGUGGCGCCGGCGCGUACUCUUUAUCGUCCAAGGACGAUGCGAGACAAGUAGCCGCGUACAUCUGGAACAACUACCUAGGGGGCACGUCCUCCGCGAGGCCGCUGGGCAACGCAGUCCUCGACGGCGUGGACUUCGACAUCGAGGGAGGGGGCCCGAGCUACUACGGAGACCUCGCGAAGUACCUCUCGGCUUACGGCGCGAAGGCGGGAAAGAAGGUGUACCUGACGGCGGCGCCGCAGUGCCCGUACCCGGACGCGUCGGUCGGAGAGGCUUUGGAAACGGGACUCUUCGACUAUGUGUGGGUGCAGUUCUACAACAACCCGCCGUGCCAGUACUCGCGGACCGGGGGAGCGGCCAAUUUGGAGGAGUCGUGGAGCCGGUGGACGACGGGGAUCAAUGCCACGAACAUCUUCCUCGGCUUACCGGCUUCGCCCGUCGCUGCGGGCAGCGGGUUCAUUCCGGCCGGGAACCUCAAGUCCGAUGUCCUCCCGGCGCUGAAGCAGUCGAACAAGUACGGCGGGGUGAUGCUGUGGUCGAAGUACUACGAUGAUCAGACCGGAUAUAGCUCCGCCAUCAAGCAUGAUGUUUGACAUACAAAGUGGUGACACCGUACCGUU